GGUGAUUUAGAGAUUUAUGAGCAACUUGAAGAACAUCACAUUUGGGAGACUCGUUCGUUAGCCAGAUUGCUCAGUUCUCUUCUCUAAUGGAUUCGAAUUCGAAAUCGAACUCGAACGUGGAAGAGGAACCUGCAACUUCGUGGGAUGAGUUAUACAACAUCAAUUUGAUGCCUUCUGAGUUAUUUCUCAAAUUCCGUAAAGAAAUUCAAGGUGUUCGUGUUGCUCUCAAUAUGGAGAUCUACAAUGCUCCGAUCAAUGAAUGUCAAGCAAAGCUUGUAUUUAAACCUUUGACACCUGAAUGGAAAUGGAAGUUAAUUUAUGAGCCCAUUCAGCAUGAUGUUCGCAUUCUCUCAAAAAAGAUCCCAAUUACCAGAUUUGUGAAUCUUCAGGUUGGUGUAGGACACAGUUUUAAAAUGCAUGCUACUGGUUGGAAAUGGAAGCUCACAACAUGUUUGGGUGGAGAUAAUGUUUCCCGAAUCCGAAAUAAGACAUCAGUUGGUUUGUUCCCUGGCUUUGAUUUACGGUUUGGAUGGAGGGCUGACUAUAUUCUUCCUGAGCUUACUGGGGGUCUAGGUACUGGUGAGCCAAUGUUCAACAUGCAGUCGGGACGGCUAGAAGCAUCACUUGAUAGAGUUGAGGCCAUCAUAACCCACAGUGAUGCUGAUUGAUUUGAGCAAAGAUUACAAUAGAAGAGAAUGUAAACAAGUUUCUGCAGGAUGUAUAAGUCAAAUGUUAAAGUUUGUCACUGCCUGUUUGAAAUGCCUACAAGUCUCAAAGUGGGGUUAAGCUGAUACCGGUAAGGUUAUUUGAAUUUUGUGGCGUGGCCCUCCAAUAUGAAAUUAUGGAGCAGUUGAUGGGAGAAAAAUUGCUCACUGUAGUCAAACGGCUAUUUAACUUGCUUUGCUGGUUUGAUGAUUUUGUUUUUGAUAAUUUAAUGCUGGCUUGGUAAUUUGUACAUGUGGCUAUAUUAGUAUUUUCCAGAUCCAAAAUUUAGGUGUUUCUAAUUAGUUAUUUGCACUA